UUGCCCUAAACCUGAAAACAGCUGUUUUAUAAGUGAACAAAGUGCAGGGUUCAUUCACCUUUCAUAUUUGGUAGGAUUGUAAUUAUUCACCUGCGUAGCCUUGUCUCUUUCGCUUGUAGAGCGCUGUCUCGUUCAUCAUGUGUCAGAGUGACGUGUUCGCCUGAGUUCGAUCGAAUUGAAGUCAGUCGCGAAACGAUCGUUCAACAAAUUAUAGGAUUCUGUUUUUGUGUUUUCUGUUAUUAAUUAUUGUGAAAUACGGACAAAGAGCGAAUAAAUCUCAUAUUUGUGCUAAGUGAUCCCACAUAAGUGCCUACAAAUACAAUUUAAGUGUGUUAAAUAAGUGUUUAGUGAGUCGCACGGCUCACCGCCUUUGUUGGUUAAAAGUGCUAGUUUUUAUGUUUAUGCACAGUUUUUACUGGAAAUUACCAUAAAAUUUUCCAUAAGUGAAGUAAAAGUGCAAAUAAAAACAAAACUAUCUGUGCAGAACAAAGUGAUCAUAGACAAUGUCUUCUACGCGAGUGACCCUCAGAACAAUGACCAGCAGUGCGGGCCGCGAGUGACGCUCCGGCAAAAUGUCACCGGACAAACGGAAAAGGAAGAAUUGUGAAGUGAAUAGAAGAAAUUCGAAUUUACGGACUCAAAAACUAAAUUAGCCCCAAAGCGUACCGACAAGGUUGCGUAUGAUCUCAGUAUUUUAGUGCUCAACAUAAUAAUUAUAAAUCUAAGCUGCAAAGACUGAAUAUUACUUUAAUAAAAACAAAAAAAAAACACCAAAACGCUAUCAUGAUCGCGUUGAAAAAGCUAUAUGGCGAUGAGCUACUUCGCUUAGCUUUGGUCCUCAGCCUUCUGAAGGCCGACCCCAACGAAUACUUGGAGAACGAGACCCAGCUGAUGGCGGGGCUGCACAUCUCCAACGGCACGGACUGGUCUGAGCAAGAAGCCCGCACACUCGUCCGGCCCCGCUUCGUGCACCCCAAGUCUCUCGACAACAUCCUCAUCAACUACGAGAGAGAACUCUUCGAGGAGCUGAACUCCCUGGGCCGCUACAACUCGCACAACUCGGAAUACAAUGCCCGGAUGUGGAAUCGUAAUCGGCCGAUACUUCAUACAUAUUUAGUUAAUAAUGUCGCCACCGAUUCAGUCGCGCCCCCACUGGCCGAGCCGACGGUUAAUGAAAAUGAUGUGAGCACAACUGAAAGCGAUGGCGUUUCUGCGGACGACAACGUGGCGCAAGAAAUUAAAGUUACUGACGAGGAAUCGCAGCCAGAAGCCGAGCCGGCCCCGGACGCCGUCGUCACGCUCUCAGCAGACUUUCUCGAGAACAGAACCGAAUCGGACAUAUUCGCUGAAAUCGCGACCAGGUCUUUUGAUGUCAACGAGUUUCUGGUAACGCCUGAAGCCAUGCAUAUCAAGAAGGAGAAAGACGAUGACGAUCUGCUCGAUGUCAACGUCAAGAAGGAAAGGGACGCAGAAGAUCUGUACGAUGAUAACGCGAUCGACGACUUUGUACCCUACUUCACGGCGAAAGCGGAAAAGUUCGAAAUCGGCGAACCUCAUUCGGUGUUUGACCAGAACAUAGCCGACCUCCAAGAUUACAAUGAAUUCCUUGACGACGUCAAAGAGUUGCGGAAUAACUUUGACUAUCUCGACGUGAAGCAUCAACAGGAGAAUCUAGAGCAGUAUCUGCUGGAAAAUACCCCUUUAGAUCUGGAAGCGGAUGAGGUCUACGACUUGGCGCCAAUGUUUGACGAGGAGUUGGUUCUGAACGUGAAGAGGGAACGGCCGAGCACUAGUUUCACGUCGGCUAGUUCCAGUGGUGUGAGUGAGAUGGAGCUAGCGUCAGUGGAUGACGCUUCCAAUCCUGAUGAGCAGAAACGAUUCAAAAUCGAGCCUGAUGAAGGGCACCACACCGGUGACGAGCUGACCCAAGAGGACAUGGAUCUGAUCGAGGUGCUAUGGAAGCAGGACGUGGACAUGGGGUUCUGUCUCGACAACCCUCUACCGAGCGCGCCGCAGCUCAAGACAGCCGAGGACGAGAAGGAACUGAAGGCGGACGAGAAGGACAAGUUCCGCAUCGAGAAGGUGAAGGCCGACCUUCUGGAGGUGGACCAGGUCACUAAGGAGGAUGACCCGUGGGCUGGCCUCUCCUACACCGUGGAUACUGAGACCGGCGAGUACAUUCUGCAAGGAGACCUCCCCGGGGACCUGACCAGCUCCAGCUCCAGGUUCCAGCUGCUGGAGGAGGCGCUGCAGCUGGUGGAGCUCGGCGACGACAAGGAUGACGAGGCUAUAGAGGGCAGCAGCAGCGGCGCGAUGCUCCACCCGGCGAUGUCGCGGCACGCCAUGCCGCCGCACCACCCGCUGGCGCACUACCACAACCAGUCGCUGAUGCGUUCCAUGUCGGUGGAGCAACGCUGGCAGGACCUGGCCUCGCUGCUGACGAUACCCCCCCCGCCGGCGCAGUACCCUCACUACCACCCGCACCACCACCAUCAUCAUCAUCAUCAGCACCCGCAUGGGGUUAGCCACGAAGCGGCAGGGUACGCGCCGAACUACGCGCCGGUGGCGCCCCCGCCGCCCGGGCCCGACAAACAUCCCGAUGCUUACGCCGGUGCCGCCGCGCCCAUGGACGGCGCCUACAAGGUGGAGUCGGCGCAUCACCCUCAACAGCACGAUGGCAUUUAUUAUCAGAAUGGUCCGGAGCCGUUAGCGCCGACAAACUCUGACGGAUUUCUGCAGUCAAUACUGAACGACGAAGACCUACAACUCAUGGACAUGGCUAUGAACGAAGGGAUGUACACGAUGCGAGUGUUGGACGGAGGGGCGGCGUCGCACCAUCAUGCUCCACCGCAUAAUCACACGCAUAUGAUGAUGACCAGCGCAGAGCGUGACUCGGCGUCCGAUAGCGCCGUCUCAUCGAUGGGCUCAGAGCGGGUUCCCUCUCUGUCGGACGGCGAGUGGUGCGACGCGGGCAGCGACUCCGCCGUCGACUACCACAGCUCCAAGUUCCGUCCGUAUGACGGCGCGUACGGCAGAGACCGCGCCGCCGGCUCGCACCCGCAGAAGAAGCACCACAUGUUCGGGAAACGAUGCUUCCAGGACCAACAACAGACCCCGAACCUGGAACCUCUGACGCCGGCGCCGCGAGCGCACAGCGUCAUCAAGUACGAGUGCAACGAACAGGCUUACGCGCAUAAUGAUAGCUCCAUGCAUUUACAUAACGAGUUCACGCCGCGCCUACAGCCGGCGUCGUCCCACCCGCACAUGACGCCGCUGCAGCCGCCGCUCGACCUCAACUCGGCGCACUCCUCGCACUCGCUACUGCAGUCCAACAUGCCAAGCCCGACGCCGCACAGAUUCGUAUACGGGACCCCCGAGCGGGUGAGACACAACCACACGUACAGCGCGCACGAGCUGCCGCCCGCCGUCAGCGACAAGCGAGGUGAGUUGCGAGUGCGUCGCAUGACAGACGGCAGCAUAUCGGACGGCGGCUCCACCACGAGCCAGCACAUGUCGAGAGACGAGAAGCGGGCCAAGGCGCUAGGUAUGAGUAUACCCCUAGAAGUCCAGGACAUCAUCAACCUGCCGAUGGACGAGUUCAACGAGCGGCUCUCGAAGCACGACCUCAGCGAGGCGCAGUUGUCUCUGAUCCGGGAUAUUAGGAGACGGGGGAAGAAUAAGGUGGCAGCACAAAACUGCCGCAAGCGCAAGCUCGACCAGAUCACCUCGCUAGCUGAUGAAGUACGCACAGUCCGAGACAGGAAGAUACAUACCCAGAGAGACCACCAGCAUCUGAUAGCUGAGAGACAGAGGGUGAAAGAGACCUUUGCGCAGCUUUACCGACACGUGUUUCAGAACCUCCGCGACUCUGCGGGGCGCCCCCUAUCCUCCAGCCAGUACUCGCUGCAACAAGCCGCCGACGGCAAUGUCGUGCUUGUGCCCAAGAUGCCGCACCACACAGAUCAGCUGAUGAACCGCACUUCCGACGAUGAAAUGGACAGGAAACCCAAAAGCUACGACCAGUGACAUCCACCCAACUAUUUCUAUUCGAGAUGGUAACACCACGGAUAUAAAUAAACUUGUACAAACUUAUUUACGUGUGAUAUGCGAAUAUGACUGUUAUUUUUGUCCUGUCAAGGCUCAAAAUGCCUUUACACAUUUGUCUGUUCAACGUGUCGUUUUGUUUUUGUUCAUUAUCAUUCAUUUUUGUCGAUAGUGGCGCCAACAGCCAUCUUGCGGCGUUGUGCGGAACUAAAAAUAUUUUCUUUCUUUAUCUGGCAAUGAGGUUAUAAGCUAUUCCAAUAGCAAUGUUUUUCUUGCUUGGAUACCAUUUCCUGUAAUUCUAGAAUGCUUGGAAAGAUAGCUUUGGCCUUUGGCAAUUUUACACGCCAUUUUAUUUAAGAUCACACUUUAUGUCUAGUUUUAAAUAAAGUGGAGUGGAAUUUACUGUACUUUUUAAGGAAUGGUUGUGGUUUGACUAUUGAUGUUGUUAAACCUAAAUCAUUUCUGGGCCGCCUCAUAACAGUUUUGACCUUGAGUCUAUUAUAAAUAUUAGUUACGUAUGAAUAGUUCUAUCUAACAGAAUAAAUUUAUAGGUAUCUUGUUGAUUGUAUGUGUGCUCUCGCAAAAUUAUCAUCUCGAAAUUGAAGAAGUUAAAAAAAACAAUAAAAAAUGUGAUAUUAAAGCAAAAUUCCAUUUUUAAUUCGUAGUUUUGAUUUAGAACAAAUUGUUUGAAUGGUGUCUCUGUUUUUUUGCCAGUAAUUGUAAUUUUAUGCCGUCUAUGUGAAAGGCCAUGUCGUGGCAAGGAUCAUUGGAAAAUGUUACAGUGCAGUGCUAGAUAAUUAGGUCAAUUAUAGUUUAUGUGUUUUGGAUAAUUAUUUGGCACACAUUGUAUAGAUACAAUGAGAAGACGUUUUCACUAAAUUAAAGAAAACACUAUGCAGAUUUUCAUGCUAUUAGCGUUUAAAACACUUCUGACAGUUAAUAGAUACUGGCGCCCUCUUUCUUUUGAAAAAUGAUCCUUGUGGCAAUAUAAAGGCACGCUUUUUUACUAAUCUGUGACUGAGUAUGUAUAACCCAUAGAUUUAAUAUAAAAAUCGAUGCCCUGCAUCGAUAUUGCAAUAAAAAUAAAUCGUAGAUUCGAUUUUUAAAGUUUACUUUGUAUAGUGUUUCUUGUAAGUUUUUAUUUAUGUAUAUUAUUAUUAUAAAUAGGUUAUGUUUAUACUACGAAUAGUUUGUUAGAUCUAGAUGUGCUAUUUUGUAAAGAAAAUAUAUCUAGGAAUUUAUUUUAAAAUACCGUUUCUGGAUUUGAGUACAAAAUGAAGUUUAAAUGUACCUACUUGUGUUUAAAUUAAGAAAUACACAGAGAUAGGAAUUCAAAAGAUCUUUUAUUCAUUUUUGAUUCCUGAAAAAAAAAAGAAUAUAAAAAAUAUGUUUGUCCCAAUUGCAAUAUAUACUAUAUUUACCUCUAAAGUGUGAAAUCUUUAUGUCUCAAAAAAUCAUUUACUUUGGUGCAUAAUUAUUUAAAAGCAGCUAUGGCAGAGUAUGCUUAUGUAUAAAUAUUUAUUUUAUCUAAAUUAGAGGUACAUUAUGUAAAACUAAAAGGCGUAGGGUUCAGCAUUUUCGUAUGUUUUUCUUCUUAUGUGAAUUAAUUUUACCAACAAGGUUUUGGAGGUUUUUUAAUUUGGUUAACAUGUUGAGUAGAAAUCACGAAUCUUAGCGUGGGACGCCUUUCUAGUCCACCGGACCACUUAGACAGAUAGCCGAUAGUGGUUGGAUGAGAAAGUCCGAGGACAGAGUGUUGUGGCGCUCCUAUAAAGAUGCCUGUAUGUAAAAUGGAAUUAAAUCACAUCAGUUUCUAAAAUCUCCUAAAUCCUUAGGUAGAAAGGCUGUGGGUAUAGGCUUGCUUUUAUGCAAUCACUUUUUUUUACAUAAAAAUGUAUACAACAGGGUUUACUUAUACUAUGAUGAAUUGGUAUAUCUGAAAGCAAAAUCUAAAUUAUAUAAACCAUAGUAGUAAUAGUUUUUCAAGCAUAAACAGCUGGUUUAGGUUUUUUUUCUCAAGUUUUUUCAUAAAACCAGGCGUUGCUUUUCCUGUAAUAUAUUAUUACGUUAAAUUAGUUUUCUUUUUUACUGUAAUAACUUAAAAAGUAAAGUAUAGGUAACAUAGAUCUAAGUCUUAAUAAUAAAAAAAUAUGUGAAAGUCU